AUGUCAGGUUAUAUGUCAUUAAAAGACAACAAACGUAUGUUUUAUUGGUUCUUUGAAUCAGAAUCCAAUCCAGCCAAAGAUCCACUUGUGUUAUGGAUCAGUGGAGGACCUGGUUGUUCUUCUAUGUUUGGCCUGUUUAUGGGGAAUGGACCUUGUUUUGUUAACCAAAACGGGAAUGGACUCAUACGAAAUGCCUAUGGAUGGAACAAAAAAGCCAAUAUGAUUUAUUUAGAUCAGGCAAGCUAUUCUUCCAGUAAUACCACAGCCAAGGUCACAGACAGUACGGCUGCUUCCAAAGAUCAAGUAGUUAUCCUAUCAUUCUGUCUAUCAUUAUUAAUUCGUCUUGCAGAAUAUGCUCAUUCUGAUUUCCAUAUUGCGGGUGAAUCAUGCAAGUUACUAUUGACGCAUGCCGGUCACUUUAUUCCUGCCAUAGCCCAUACCAUCCAACAAAAGAACAAGCAAAACAACAAGAUAUCACUCAAGAGUAUCAUGAUUGGUAAUGGUCUCACAGACCCACUUACACAAUAUCAAUAUUAUCAACCCAUGGCUUGCGAUACACAAUUGCAUGGGACUCGACCACUGAUUGAAUCAACAUCAUUAUGUCAACAACUCAAACAAGACCAAGUUAUCUGUCAAAAGAUGAUUGAGACAUGUUAUCAGCUUACUGAUUUUGAUGCUUUAGAUAGAUCAAGACAGACAUGUAUUGAAGCUGCUUUUGUAUGUCAAGAACUUAUUGUGAAGCCUGUUAUGAAGGCAGCAAAUGAUAUCAAUACAUACGAUACAAGGAAACCCUGUGAAGAGGGUCAUUUGUGUUACUAUUAUUAUGAUACAAUGACACACUAUUUGAAUCAGGCAGAGAUAAAGAAAGCAUUGGGGGUCUCACCUUCUGUCACAUUUGAGAUGUGUAAGCAGCAGAUUCAAUUGGAUUUUAUUGGCUCAGGGGAUUGGAUGCGCCCUUAUGUGAACUAUCUCCCUCGUCUUUUAGAAGAAGGUAUACGUGUCCUUGCUUAUGCAGGCGAUCAUGAUCUUGUGUGUCAUUGGUCAGGUGUAUCUGCAUGGACCAACAAGCUAGUCUGGAAAGAACAAGAGGAGUAUCAAGCAAGUAAAGAACAACACUAUAUGCUGGACAACAAAAUCAUGGGCACAAUCAAAAGUAAUCAAAAACUGACUUUUAUCAGACUAUUUGAAGCAGGCCAUAUGGCUCUUUUUGAUCAACCUAAACUAUCACUCGACAUGUUUGAACGAUGGAUCAAGAAGCAAUUAUGAUUUAUUCAGUAUGGCUUUCUCCUGUCAUAUAACCACUAUCCCAACCAUUCAAUUCUUUUGUUUCCUUAUUAAAAACCAGUUUGGUGGGAACACCACAGUGAGGGUAAAAAAGGUCUUUAGGGUUUACCAGAUGAUCGGAGGCAUAAUAAAAUUCACGCUGAUUGUGAAUUGUGUAUGAGCCUUGGUUAUUUCGCAUAGGCACAGUGACUGCAUACACGACAACACCCAAGGGAUUUAAGCGUGUCUGAAUACGGUCCAGAAAGCUAAGGUGGUCUGUGAAUCUGUUGUAGGCCAAUACAAUUUCACGAUGAAAUCCAGACAAAUCAAAGUGUAAGCGCCAAUAGCCUGUUGAUUGCUAUAUUUAAGUCAGUGUCAUUCUUUCUAUAUUCCACUUGCAUUUGUUUGAUAGCACAUGUGUGAAGCAG